AUGUCACCAAGCGUAGGAGAGCACGAGGUAUGUGAGAGAAGUCAGAGGAAGUUUAAGCUUCUGGACUUAAUUGAUGAGGCCAACAACACACUUGCAAAAGACCUGGAUGAGAGUUCAGGAAACAAAACUUAUGAAUAUAGGGAGGGGAGUUCAGAAAACAAAGCUAGAGAAGUUCAUCUCUGGGCAUCUAUUAAAACUCUGAGAGGCCCACAAAUGACAACAAUGGAAAGAUGUUAA